AUGGCCGAGGCUGACGCGGUGGCGUGGCUGAAUCGUGAGAUGCGGGGCCUGGCGCCAUCGCGUGCGUCGGGAACCUGGACGCAGCGCGUCGCGGAGAGUGGUGCGGCGGAUCCGCAGCACGUCGAAACGCGGCUCGCUGAGCUGCACCGCCGCAUUCGCUCGGCGCGUUCAGAGCAUGCCGCCGAGAUCGAGACGCAGAUCCAGCGGGCGCGCGCGAAUGUGCCGCAGGCGGCCGAGCAGGCGCAGCAGGUAGCGCGUGAGGCCACGCACUUCCGAGCGGCACUGCAGGCGCUGCACCACAGCGAGCCUCCGGCCGCGCUGGCCUGCGUGCAUCGACUCACGGACAUCCAGCAUCGGAUGCAGCACGCGCGCAACCUGCUCCAGGCGGCCGAUGCGUGGUCGUAUGUCGAGGCGGAUGUGCAUGCACACAUCCAGGAGCGCGACUAUGCGCGAGCCGCGCAGCGCAUCGCGGACGUGCGCGAUUCCCUCGCGCAAUUCGCGCACAGCGAGCAUGUGUCGGCUCAGACCGCGGUCCUCGCGCGCCUCUCGGACACGCUCCUGCGCGAAGUACAGCCCGUGCUGGCAGCCGCGAUCACGUCGGGCGACGUGGACGCGAUGGAGCUGUGUGCGGCCGUCUAUGCGCGCCUUCAGCAGGACGACGCGCUCGCCGAGCUGUACCUGCCCGCCCGUGCCGAGCGUGUGCACCGCGUAUGGGCCGACACGGACGCCACGCUGCCUGCCAAGAUGGCGCAGCUGGGCGACGCGCUGGUCGCACUGGCCGACGAGGAAGUGCACACGUUCGCGCCGCGGCUCUUUGGCAACGAGGCGGCCGUCGUCAUCGCCCACACUCUCGCGACGCUCUCGCCGAGUCUCGCGACGUGCGUCGCCACAGCCCAAGCGCCCCUGCCGGACAUGGUCCAGGCGUACGAGGUAGCUCAUGCGUGGGCCGCUCGUCUCGAGGCGCUGCUGCGCGGCGCGACGACGCAGCCUGUCGUGCAGCUGCGUGGAUCGCGCGACUGGCAGCCGUAUAUCGAGGAGGCGUUUGCGCCGUUCAAGGCGGCGUACCGCGCGCUCGAAGAGGCGUACAUCGAGCAGGCAUGGUCCGAUACGCAGCCGUCGUUUGCCGCGCAGCUCGACCGCGCAAUGGUCUCGUCCCUGUCGGACGACAUGGCGCCGUGGCUCCAGUGCGUGACGCUCGUUGCCGAGCUGCUGCACGACCAGGUCAUGCUGGCGCGUGCACUGCGUACCGAGGCCCUGCAGCGCGCGCACGCUCUUGGCGCGCCGCUCUCUGAUACGCAGGCGGCGCUGCAUGCGUCGCUGGACCCGGGCGUCGCACACCGCCUGUCGUCGACGAUGGACCUGCUUCGGCAGCGGUACCAGUCGCAUGCGCGUGUGAAUGCACCGAUGCACCUCGCGCAGGCCGACGACCUCGAUGCGCUGCACGACUGGAGUCUGAUCCGCGCGGGGGCCAAGAUGCUCGGCGUCGUUCGCGAGGCGGGCGAGGCGAUGGACACGGCGCUGCGCGCCGCACAGCGUCUUGUGAUGGAGCUUGUGCUGACCGUGUUCCGACAGCAUCUCGACAUGUACGUUGCGCAUGGCGCAUGGCGCGAGCAUGCGCCGGCACGCACGGAUCCACGUGUGCCCAUGCCGACGUUCAGUCUGAGCCCGACAGAGGGCAUGGUCCGCCUCGGCGAAGGGCUGCUCAAUCUGCCGCGCCUCUUUGAGGCGCUGGUCGAGCGUGAAUGGGCCAACUUUGCGUACGGCGUGCAUGCCCUCGACGACGAGCGGCCGUGCAAGACGCGCACGCUGUCGGCCAAGAUGCUGACGCACGACAUGCCGGACGAUACGCUGGACUAUGUGCUGAGUGCGUGGCUGCGCUCGCUGACGCUGGCGCUGCUGGCGUCGCUGCAGCAGGAUGCGUUGCCGCGCAUCGUGGCGUCGCGUGAGUGCGACAGGGCGCAGCUUGCGGCGGAUCUCGACUACCUGAGCACGAUCGCCUCGGCGCUGAACGCGUCGUCGAGCGCCUUGCGCGAGUGGGUCGAUGUGCUCCAACUUGAUGCGCGGGCGGCGAGCGCGCUGCCAGCGAGCAGCCCACUACGUGCGUCGCGCGCCUUUGCGCUCGUGUGGACGACAUGA